CGGAACUUGUUGCAAAAAUUGCUAAAAAUUGCUUAAAACUUAGAAAAGGCACGCCACAGCAAGCAAAAUACGAAGAGGUAGUGCUUAAUAAAUGAUUGACAAACUAAAUGCGCAUUAAAAUGGAUUGUGAAGUGCCCGAGCAACAAAAACAGCAGCUACAACAACAACAGCAGCAACAACAACAAAGCAACAACAAGUUGUAUGCGAGAAAGCCACAGCAGCAACAACAGCAGCAACAACAGCAGCAGCAACAGCAGCAGGAAAGCAGCGACGAUGAUGAUUUGAGCAAAACAGAGCGCAAAAAUUUGGAAUUUGCACAGAAAUUGGGGUACAGCGAGCAGUCGAUACACACGGCGCUAACGCGCCUUGGCUCCGAGGCUAAACAGAAUGAGCUGCUCGCCGAGCUUAUUAAAUUAACGGCAGAUUCGCCCCGGCCAACAGUCAGCAACAAUUGCAAUAGCAAUAGCAACAGCAGUAACAAUAACAACAGCAAUUGCAACAAUAACAAUCAUGUGCCACCAUCCAGCAGCAGCAAUGGUUCGCUGCGUCACAUCGUGAUUGAUGGCAGCAAUGUAGCAUUGUCGCAUGGCAAUAACACGAUCUUCAGCUGCCGCGGCAUACGUAUCUGUGUGGAUUGGUUCCGGCAGCGUGGACAUCGUCACAUCACCGCCUUUGUGCCCAAUUGGCGCAAGGAGCUGGCCAACAAUAAUAUCACCGAGCAGGAGCUACUCUAUGAGCUGGAGCAUGAACGAGUGUUGGUCUUUACGCCAUCGCGUCACUUGGAUGGGAAACGCGUCUCGUGCUACGAUGACCGUUUCAUACUGAAACUGGCCGUGGAAACGGAUGGAAUUGUGGUGUCCAAUGAUAACUAUCGAGACCUGUUGCUGGAGAGCAACGAGUAUCGCAAGGUGGUGCAGGAACGUCUGCUGAUGUACUCCUUUGUGGACGAUAUAUUUAUGCCGCCCGAUGAUCCGCUGGGUCGUUCGGGACCCACGCUGGACAUGCUGCUGCGCGGCCAGCAGACGCAGCAGAAGAUGUCCGAUGCACAGCAGCAGUUGUGUCCCUAUGGCAAGAAAUGCACCUACGGCCAGAAGUGCAAGUUUCGCCAUCAGACGGCACAGCUGCAACUGCAACGCCUACCGCUUCAGGUCUCGCACAGUGCUCCACUGCACAGCAAUGGGGGGCAGCAGUUGCUCUCCAAUAGCAGCAGCACCAACAAUGCAAAGAUGGCAGCGCUUGCGCGCACCAAAUCGAAUACCAUUGAGAAAAUCUCGCAGCAGCAACAGCAGCAACAACAACAACUCUGCCAUUCGUUUAACAAUCAACUGGACCUGGAUGCAGAUGCGUCGCAGCAGCUGAAUCGCCACAAGAAACUGCAACGUCAGGCGCCACCUCCCGCCUUUCGCCUGCUGGUGCCACCGGGCAACAACAACAACAGCAGCAACAACUAUCAACAUCAGUAUCUGACACGCACACCAUCCGCACCGUUGACGGAUCAGCAUCAGCAGGCGGCCAAGUUAUCGCUAUCCAUGCCCGCCCACAAUUUAGCCCAUUUGUCCGCGUCGGAUUCACGGAUCAACGAGGAGCUGCACACGGCGCAGGCAUCGCGGGAGGAGCAACGGCGUCUGAUGCGCUAUCAUUUGAGCAGCCUGUUCCCGCAGCAUCAGGUGCAUGCGGUGCUCCAGCUGUAUCCGGAUGAGACAGAUGCAAAGACCAUUUGUGCAGCUAUACUUAAUUUAUUUCCGCAUAAUUAGACUAAAACUUAGGCUAGACGCAAGAUGCGUCCGUAAAUUAUUUAAAUUUUUGUUACAAUUUUAAAGGU